GCGGUGGCAGGAUCGCACUUCCAGAGGGAUGAGUGCCAUGGGAUCAUUCUUGCGAACCGAACCGCCCCUUCUCUUGGUUAUCCGUAACCAUAGGGCUGUCCCCCUACCUGCUAUUUGAACGGUCUCUUGAUUCAAGAGUAGACCCACUGUCGCCCGGCCUAGCUCGACUCCCCUGCAGCCCGCAGGGUAUAUCGACGCAAAGCCAUAUGGUAUUUGUUACUUCCGGAAAGAACGAACUUUGAACCUCAAGUAGAAGAGAUGUGAUGAAUCUUGGACUCUUGUCUUUCUCCUCAAUCUUGUAGUGGUGCCCCCGAGAAGGUCGUGCCACCUCCGCCCCCAUCCUUCUCCCACAUCCUUCCGCGACUCCUCUCCGCAUCUCGUUCCCAAAUGUUUAGCUUAAUACUCUGAACCAGUUGAUGAACCGGUGACCAUGCCGACAUGCGAGGCCUCGUCUCCGACGCCGACCUGGGCUUCGGCGACCGAGCCAUCCCUGCUGCUGGAGCUGCCGUCCUCGUGAAUCUCCUCGAUGUCGCUGAGGUCUGCAAUCACUUGCGGCCAAAUGCAGUUCAUAUUAAAACAAAUUUCUGCCUGCAAGAUCCUCGAGCUUUCUGCAGGAACUUUUUAGGAUUCCCCCUAUUCAGCACAAGCUUGCUGGCACAUGCACCAGGAGUACCAUAUAACCUGUCACAGCAACAUGCUGUAAGCCAUUGGCACUUUUGGUUGCUAUUCAAUUGUGCAACCCGGGUGGAAUCCAUGCUUCAGGGUCAUUUUGUCCUCCUGGCUGUUCUUGGUACAAAGUAACACUAGAUGUAUUCAACAAGGUCGUAGACAGGUAAAUGAGGUUAUUUGCAGUCGUGGCUAGUUGCAUAAAAUAUCUUUUAUUUCUUUUUACCUUUGUGGGUUUUAUGUUCAAGUCUUUUUCAAUUAUGUUUUUGCACCAAGUUAUAUAUCAACAUGCCAGUUUGUGUAUGUUUCGUGUCAAUCUAAUAAGGAACAUUUACAGAAAAGAUUUGCAAUGCUGUGGAGGUUACAAAUGUGAGCCUAGCUCUGUCUAUACCAACUCUAAAUUUCUUUAUCUGAUUCUGAAUAAUAGUACAGCAUUUUUUGAAUUUGUUUAACUUUUGAAAUGCUCAUGCUUUUGAAACCUUUAUGCAUAAAAAAUAUAAUCUCCUGAAGUUUUUUAUUUUCCAUUUUUUAUUCAAGAUUGUAGGGAUUUUGGUCCACAAGUCUAUGCUAAGUGAAGAUAAUAUUGAACUAGGUUUCUUCUGUUGAGAUUGGUUUUUUAAAGGAUUCAUGCAUUAGUAUAUUCAAUGAAGCAUUGAUGCAAAGGAUGAAGGACAUCCAUUUCCUCAAUCUGGCUAGAUGCUAGUGUUUUUUAACAUGUGUAUUUCUAUUGUUGGGAUAGGGGAAUGAUUUUCCUGGGUGUAUCUUUUAGCAAAAACUGCACAUCCCCACUUGUCAUGCUGCAUUAAAAUUAAUUCAUUAUCAUGUGUAUUUUUGAGGUUUUCUAAUAUGUAUGUGUACUAGUGCACAAGUUCUGUUCCAUAAUUUGGUACUGCAAUUUUCUAAUGUUGGCUUGGGCUUAUGAAUUAUAGGUCCCAUACUUUUAAAAGAAGAUGUUUAACUCAAAGCGCUUUUGUCUGCGAGGAUUUUGCAUCCUAAUCUGCAUAACUCCAUGUGACCUAUACAUCCUGUUGUGCAUGCCUUUCCAUCCAAAUAUGUCUUAUUGAUUCUCUCUUUUGACUAAUGGUGUCUUGUCAUGGAUAUUGGUGUUUUAUUUAUAAGUUAGAUACUAUCAUGGUCAAGGUUUUACAUCCCAAUGGGACAGGAAGCAUCCCAGCCCUCCUAUCUUGUUUCUGUGAGAAAAUAAAAUCGAGAUAGGGUCAAAACUCUGAAACCCAUCCAUGUAGGGAGAGAAGAAGAAAUAGAAAAAAAGAAAGAAGAAUGAAGAAAGGAAAAAAGGUGAAAGGAAAGAAGAAGAAAAAUGAAAGAAAGAAAGUGAGGAAGAAGAAAAACAAAGGAAGGAAAAAAAGAAGAAAGGAAAGAGAAAGAAGAAGAAAAAAGAAAAAAGGAAGUCAUAAGAAAAAGAAAGAUAAACGAAAGGAAAGAAAAGAAGGUAGAAGAAAAAGAAAGAAAAGAAGGAAGGAAAGAAAAUAAAGAAAGAAAGAAAAAAAUAACAAGGGGAGAGAGAGACACUGCAUAUCUACUGAGAUAGCUGUCGAGACGGGAUAGGACAGCAGGGCAUCGCAUUCCAUGGAGAUACCAGGACACCUCUGUCCCAUGGGAUUUCGAAUCUUGAUCAUGAUAUCUAUGAUUAAUUUUGUUUUUAACAAUAGAUACUUAAUUAUGAUGCCAUAAAAAUAGAUAAUACAAUAUGUUAUAUCAGCAACAGGUACAUAGAACUGUUCCUUGAGAAGACAAAAUACUUGUCCACGGUUUCCCAAUAAUGACAUCCAUUCAUCAGAAAUUAUGUUUAAUCAGUAUAAGAUAAAAACCACCAUGGUAAUUUUGUUUUCACUAAAUAUGCUUAAGAAGGAUGCCACAAUAACUGAUGUUAGAUUUACAUCAGAAUUGAUACUUCAGUGUUCCCUUCAUUUUAUACAUUGUUAUAUCAGAAAACAUUGAUAGAUAACUCGUUCUCUUUGUAUUUCUUGUCACUGUCUGCUGUGCACCUCUGUCAUCAUCCCUAUUCCUGUUGGCAGUGCAUUAGCCAUCUUACU